GUGCAGUUUUAUCAAGUUCAUAUUCUGGCUCCUGUUUCUGAAGCUGAUACCUACGGAACAGGUGGUUUAUUUUAGAGAAUAACUGUUAAUUGGUACUGUUGGUGCAAACCAUGGAACCCACCAAAGAAGUGGACCAACCACCAAUAACAGAACUGAAGACAGGAUUCAGGAACACUCUUCACUUGAAGAUAUCCCUUACUGUGAUGUCCUUGUGUCUUAUCAUAGCUGCCAUUAUCCUGGGAGUUUAUUUUGGAAUAUAUGGAGCUCAAAAACAAAUCCCCUCCCAGCCACACCUGGCCAUGAAAGCUACAAGCUGCUCUGCUGGGAAUUACAUGUGCAAGAAUGGCCAGUGUCUUACAAAAUCCAAUCCGGAAUGUGACAAGACAAAUGAUUGCUUGGACCAGUCAGAUGAGUCAGAGUGUGACUGUGGUACCCCCUUGAUAUCGAACAGAAUUGUUGGGGGCAACGAAGCUGCCUUUGGGGAAAUUCCAUGGCAAGUCAGUCUACAUAUAGUUGGCAUUGGCUAUGAAUGUGGGGCCACAGUUGUGGGAAGCACAUGGCUGAUCUCGGCAGCUCAUUGUUUUAUGAGCUUUGAAUAUCCAGAUGAUUGGGAGGCAGUCCUUGGAACUAUCUACAGAAACGGUGAAGGUUCUACAACAGUAAAAAAGAAACUGAAGAGGAUCAUUAUUCAUCCAUUAUUUGACCCAUCUAUUUUUAACUAUGAUGUGGUUCUGCUGGAGUUAACUACUUCGAUAUCAUUCUCCAGAUUAAUCCAGCCUGCGUGUUUACCAUCUCCUGUUCAUAACUUCCACGCAGGAAAGAACUGCACCAUCUCAGGAUGGGGAGCUCUGAAUGAAAACAAUGUUUCUUUACCCAACAUUCUACAAAAAGCUACUGUUCAGAUAUUCAAUCAAAGUGAAUGUGUCAAACUCUACAGUGAGCCAGUGACGCCGCAAAUGAUCUGUGCUGGAUUUUUAAAUGGCCAAGCGGAUUCCUGUCAGGGUGAUUCUGGUGGACCAUUGGUUUGUGAGGAGUCACCAGGCAAAUGGUUCCUGGCUGGUAUCAUGAGCUGGGGAGAAGGCUGUGCCCAACCAAACAAACCUGGUGGCUACACACGAGUGACCGCAAUCCGAGACUGGAUCCAGAGCACAAUGUUCCAGACCAACGUAAUUACUGCUCCGGGAGAGAGCAAUACAGAACAGACAGCUUCAGUACAUACAAGCACUGUUGCCCCUAAAGCAAUAGCAGAAGUUCCCUGUACAGCCUCUACUUUCAAGUGUUCUACUGGCAGUUGCAUCGAUAAGCACAAUGCAGAGUGUGAUGGCGUCAAAGACUGUGUCACAGGAUCUGAUGAGGCAAACUGCAAUUGUGGAACUGCACCCCUGAUGGUCGGAAGUAGGAUUGUGGGAGGAGUGAACAGUGCCGCUGGAGAAUUUCCUUGGCAGAUCAGUUUGCAGAUACUGCACAACGGACAUGUGUGUGGUGGAACCCUAAUAUCACCCAACUGGGUGGUCACUGCUGCUCAUUGCUUUUUAUUUCAGAAGAAUGUGCAUCGUUGGUUCGGUUACCUAGGAACACUCUAUCGCAUGGGAUUUCGAGGCACUAAAGUGACCUUUAAACGCCUCAUCACCCACCCCUCCUUCAAUACUUACAGUCUGGAUUAUGAUAUUGCCCUACUGGAACUGUCUCAGCCUGUGGCCUUUACUGAAGUCAUUCAGCCUGCCUGUGUACCAACACCUGCCCACAGAUUCUCAGAGGGAAUGAAAUGUUAUGUAACAGGCUGGGGCACCACAGCAGUAGGGGGCUUAUUGUCUUAUUUAAUGCAGAAAGCUGAAGUAAAUCUGUUCAGCGACAAUUUAUGUCUGGAACUGUAUGGCAGACAGAUCACUCCCAGAAUGUUAUGUGCUGGGAGACUGAAUGGAGGAGUGGAUACCUGCCAGGGUGAUUCAGGUGGCUCAUUGGUUUGCAAAGAAUCCUCAGGGAAGUGGUUCCUUGUUGGAAUUACAAGCUGGGGUAUCGGCUGUGCAAAAGCGAAUGCACCUGGAGUCUACAGCAGAGUUACAACUCUUCAGAGUUUUAUUGUACAACAUGUUUUCUGAAAAAUGAAAGGAUCAACAUCAUUCUUGAUUUAAUCAAAUACUGUAAUACAUGCAUUGGGACUCAAUCACAAUGGGUGGGCCUCACUGGGACCAUUAAUUCUUUCCAUAGUCUGUGAGAAGAUUUGUAGCGCGGGUGCUCGUUGUUGUGGUUCUGUUUGCCGAGCUGGGAAUUUGUGUUGCAGACGUUUCAUCCCCUG